ACAAACAAAACAGUAAAAAGCGCUAUGAGUGAACUGAAACUUAAACCCCUAGAAGAUUCGAACCUUUACAAGCGCCGUACUACUUCGAAGGAGAAUUUACUCCAAACGGUAACAGUAUCUGCAAGCGAUACGAUACGUCUCCGUCCAGAUCUGGACGGGACAAGCUCGUAUAGCGGUGCUCCAGUCACUCCACGGCUCGCUAUGUCCAGUGGUUCGACUCAACCACCGACGACGACACACUCACCGAUGCACAAUUUCGUUUCGUAUCCACAAUAUCCCCAGCAGACGGAGAGUUAUUAUCAGCAACCGAAGACACCGAUAAGAAUGGCGAGUGGUGCUGGCGGAGGUGGUGGUGGACCACCACCAACCUAUUCCUCUAACCACGGUAUCCCGUCCAGCGCUGCGCUAGUGGGUCAGAAAAAUGUACAAUUUUUGCCGUCUGCUGCAAAUACCAGAAGUGUUAACGAUAGCAGUUCUACACAGCAACGUGGUUCGCCCGCAGUACCGUUCGAACGUCCGACCAAUCCACAAAGUGUUGUACCUCGCAAAGACGAGCACUCUAGAACGGCUGUACAACAACCGUCGCCUGGAACGUAUCAGAAUCUACCGGUCAUACCACCGGCAACACCGACCACACCGGGCAGAAGGAUGGAAUCUUGGGAACAGUUUGGCCGAUCGAACGUCCAAACGGUGGCGGCGGCUGGCGGUGUAACCACCGCCAACAACAUGUCGCUCGGCACCAUGCACUGCACCCGGUGUGACGAAGGGUUCGAACCGCACGAACGUAUCGUCAACUCGAACGGUCAGCUGUGGCAUACGCAAUGCUUUGUGUGCGCUCAAUGCUUCCGUCAGUUCCAGGAUGGCAUCUUUUACGAGUUCGAGGGACGCAAGUACUGCGAGAAGGAUUUCCACAUCCUGUUUGCACCAUGCUGCAACAAGUGCAACAACUUUGUUAUCGGGCGCGUCAUUAAAGCGAUGGCAGCGAACUGGCAUCCGCAGUGCUUUACCUGCGAACGGUGCAGCAUUCCGUUGGCCGAUUCGGGCUUCAUUCGCAACCAGAACCGUGCGCUCUGUCACGAUUGCAACCGGAAGGAGAAGGAGGUCGGUCUCGGGAAGCUAAUUUGCAACAAGUGCCAUGGCAUUAUCGAUGAUGCACCAUUACGCUUCCGAGGUGAAGUUUAUCACGGAUAUCAUUUCAACUGUACCGCGUGCGGUGCAGAACUGGACUCGUCGGCUCGGGAGGUGAAGAAUCGCAGUGGAUACGCGGCCAACGAUAUGAACGAGCUUUACUGCUUGCGGUGUCAUGAUCGUAUGGGGAUUCCGAUUUGUGGCGCCUGUCGACGUCCGAUCGAGGAACGGGUGGUGACCGCUUUGGGCAAGCACUGGCAUGUGGAGCACUUUGUGUGUGCCAAGUGUGAAAAGCCGUUCCUUGGCCACCGGCACUACGAGAAGCGUGGUAUGGCCUACUGUGAGACGCACUACCAUCAGCUGUUUGGUAAUUUGUGUUUCGUGUGCAAUCAAGUCAUCGCUGGUGAUGUUUUCACCGCCCUGAACAAGGCCUGGUGUGUUCAUCACUUCUCCUGUUCGAUUUGCGACCAGAAGCUCGACCAGAAGUCCAAAUUUUUCGAGUACGAUGAGAAGCCGGUCUGCAAGAAGUGUUACGAACGGUUCCCGAGCGAAUUACGCCGACGUUUGCGCAUUUCGCAUGAAAAUACGAUCAAAAAGCCUGUCCCGUAG